AUAAAACAUCACUCAAAUCUUUAUUUGUUAGUGUAUCUUUAAUAAGUUAAAUCACUUGUGUUUAGGAGGAAGAAAUCAAUAAAUUUUGAUUUAACUACAGAUUUAUCAUGUAUUUAUAAUAAUCAUUCAUGAAUUAAAAGCUGAAACUGAUUUAUAUUGGCAUAUUUAAAAUCCAACAGAUUUAUCUUUGAAUGUUUUUUUUUUUCGUUUUUUUGAAAUCUCAUACAAUUUCUAGCGCAGGUUUAUCUCCGUUGCUUCUCUGUGCAUCUCUACUUCCAGACUCUUCUAUCCCUAAAGUUUCAUUAGAAGAAACUGCUAAAAAAGGUUAACUUUUUAGAAUGGAAGAGAGAAGGCGGGCAGAGGGAAAACCUAGCGAUGCAUCGCUAUCACGUUACCGGUAGAGACGAUUACAAAAAGUAUUCGCGGUUGUGUAGAACAGUGCAGAAGCUGGUCAGCAUACUUAAACAGAUGGAUGCGCGAGAUCCUUAUCGAAUCGAGAUGACUGAUAACCUUCUUGAAAAACUACGUAGGCUUGGCACUGUGUUGGUGAGAUUGAAGUUUGCAGAGCACUUGAAAGAAGCAGUUACCUACGUUGAACAAGGCCAUAUUCGUGUAGGACCUGAUACCAUCACUGAUCCAGCAUUUCUCGUAACAAGACUUUAUAACGUGGGUAGAUACAUCGAAGAUAAGAAGGAAGGUCUUGGAGUACAACGAUAAGCUGGAUGACUAUGAUGUGAUGAACUAAUCAUUUCGAACUUCCCAACUACUGUAUGUUCUUCUGCUCUAGUUUUUUCUGUUGUUUUUGCUUACACUAAGCAGUUCCAAUUAAAAGAAGCUUUAUGUAUUGAUAGAAAGUGAUGUUUUUUCACUUGUUUCUCUAUCCAGAGGUAAUGUAAAUAGUGUUGAUUUCCUUUUCUCCACCAGAGUAAACUCUUUUACAUUA